AAUGCUGAGGAAAAAUGCAUGCUUUUGAUAUAGUUAAAUGAGCUGAAAUCUUAUUUUCUCGAUGCCACUGCAAAUCUUCGGGUCGACAGUCGAUCGAGAGUGGCUGCGAUGUUGCGCAGAGUAUUACUGGUGAUCCAUGAGAGAUCAUGACGUCGUGAAUGUGGGAAAACCAGUCAGUGUUUGCCCUGAGCUCCACUCAUGUGUUAAGUGAGCUCGCUGGAAAUUACAAAUGAGUAUAUAUUUUACAUAGUUGAUGGACACACAUUGGCAGUGCGGGGCAACAGGUUAACGCAGAGUUUCUCUAGCAUGUGUGCGUUGGUCAGUGUGUUUACUUUUUUUCCUCUCUCGCAAAAUUAAACACGCGAAAUAAAUAAAUACAAUGCACUGAAGUCUGUGAAAUUGGCGAAAGGCUGUGAAAUGAACAAGAAGGAGAGGAAGUACAGGAUGAAACAGCCACGGCAAAACAGAAUCAGAAAGACUCUGACGGGCUGCGAUGAGAUCCUGAACACGAAGUACUUGAGGAAGCAGCUUUACACUCGCCUGCUGUCCUCGAAUUGCUCCAAGGAUUGCCUGAAGAACAUCAGAGACACGAAGACUUCCAGUCAGUUGGCAAAUGCUGUGACGGAAAUGUCGAAGUAUGUUCAGGAGAAGUUGCCGGAGAUUAUCAAAGAUCCUUUGCUGACUUCCAUGGACACUUAUGCGAAGCUGGCGAGCGCAGAGAACGGAAAGAACCUCAGCAAUUUCGAACUUUCCAUCAUUCUGAAGGGAAUUCAUGAGAUUUAUCCACUUCCUGAGAUGCAAGAUCAGACGUCGCUGAACGUGAGGAAUCUCUACCUGUUUCUCCACAAUCUCAGCAUGGGACAGCCCGCUUCUGCUCUCGAGGAGAGCUCGCUGAUUGUCCUCCGUGAGGCGUUUAAUGAAUUGAUGGAAGAGGUGAACUCGGAAGAGUCUAACGAGAGGCUGAAGCAACUGCAGGAGUUGAUGAAGAAUAGAAGGCAAUUGGAGCCGGAAGGUAACGAUGAUGCGCAGCAUCUUCUGCAGAAUGAGUUGAAUUUGAGGGAUUCGAGCCUGAAUCUGUUUCAGAUGCCACCGGAAGUGUUGGAGGGAAUGAAAGACAAGUGAGAGAGUAAUAUUUUCAUUAUUCUUAUUCACUAUUAUAGAUUCUUACAUAUUUGGAUCCAAUUUACAAUGAUUAAAUUUUUUUUUUCCUUAAAAUCGAACAAUGGAGACCGAAUAGUUUUACUUUGUUGUUCAACACUUUGAAGUGACCUUCUUCACUACUGCUGUUCAUCAAAAAUAUCCCUUUCGCACACACUCCUUAGAAUCCACCCGAUGCCUUAGCUUAUAAGUUUAAUGAUAUUUAGUAAGUCGCGUAAGUUUCCCUUUCUCAGAGGAGUUAUUCUUGGUACUUAGCUACAAACUACGACGUUAUGUCCAAAAAAUGUACAGUGUAAGAAAUGGCUAGCUUAUGUAAGAAAGGUUGAAUUAUACAAAUACGCCUUGAAUAAGUUAUACAGUUAACAGUAUGGAUUUCUAGAGUAGUCAGUCGAGAAGAUCUCCGCACGUGGCGGAGAAGAGUCGGUGAAGAUAACGAGGUAUAAUUCUCACUAUGUUUUUUUUUACCCAUUAUAUCAUACAAGUUUAUCAUUAAUGGCUUUACGCUCCUAAUCGCCUAACACGCGAACUACAGAGUCACAACGAGAGAGUGAGAGCAAGUGAGAGGUGGUUCUGCUGGACGGGGGGACGAAGAUUUGGGGGGAGUUGGGGUGGAUUUACAAUAUCUAUUUACAUUCCUACGUGCAGCAGCUGAGUUCUCGGCUGAUAUUUCAAGUGAGAUCUCGGCCCCGAUUGUGCAGCGCUACGUUUCAGAUUGUCGUUGGGCAUUCCUAUCUAUCUAAUGUUAACAUGCUCUUGAGCCUCUAAAUGUAACCGCUAAAAUUAAAAUUAUACUCCUAGAGAUUACUUAUUCUCUCCUUGAACAUUAUACUGCAUGAUUAUUACAUUGUUACUUAUCUCACUACCACACUUUACAUUGAGCAACAGACAACAAAAUCUUAUCGCCUAUCCUUCUGCCUAAAUGUACACUUCUGGAUUUGGGAGUUGAGAGAGUUCGCAGUGCCAAGCUGUGCAAUUUGUGGAUAAAUCUUGCGGAAUUGUGGGAAUGGGAAUGAGUUUCUGGGCGGGGCAUUCUAAUGGGCGUGGCCUAAAUCUGAUUGACUGUUACGACGCCAUGGCACUGAACAAACCUCCGAAAUACAGGGGAAUUUUUACAAUUACUUUGAGAAUAUGUUCUCGGACGAUUUCUUAACGGGUUGUGACGCUUGAGAAGGUGAAAAAAGAUAUUUUGAGUGAUAUGAAAAGUUAUAUCGAGUGAAUUUAAAAGCCUAUGUAAAUAGUAAAAAGUGUAAAAAGAUGAAUAUUUGUUUUACUGGUAAUUCUACGGUAGUUUCUUGAGUGUGAAAGGUUUUCAAGUAUAUUGAAGUAUCCAAUUAGAAGGUGAAUUAAUACUUAAGUUAUUUGAUGUCACUUCUCUAGAAUAUUUAGUUUAAAAAUUCAAUCGAUUGUCAGUUAGAGAUGCUUUCUAUACAAGUUUUAAAAUGUUCUAUUUCUCAUUCAUAUAAAUAGACUUUGAUUCACGCAAAAAUUGACAUUGAAUGUUACGAUUUUUUUCUCUUAAGAUUUAUCCAUUACUUUAGUUUUUUUGUGUUGUAAAUUUUUAUUCAUAAAUUAGUUUUUUUUUUCUUCUUUAAACAUUGAGAUAGAUCCUUUUUGAUUUAUACGCCUUUUUGAUGUGAAUACAAUGUACAUUUCCUUCUCACAAUCCUUUCUUCUUCUUCUUUUGGUAUAUUUGUAAAUAUUUCUGUGUUUAUUUCAAAAUACUUUUGUAGCAUUGUUUCCAUUGUCCGUUACAUCUAUUUCUUGUGUUUAUAAUAUUUUUAAGAAGUCAUUGAAAACCGGAGUUUUGCUGACAGAGUUCACAUAUUAUUUGAUUUAUGAAUACACACACA